AUGGCCUCAAAUUGCAAUAAUCAUGGAGAAGCGAGUAUGGAAAUGCCAACAAUGGAGGAUGAAUUGCAACGUUUAGAGAAAGAACGACAACUUGCUAGAGAUGAAUUACAAGCGGUCAAAAUACGAAUAGAGGAACUCAAACAAGAUUCUAAAAAUCAUGAAUCAGAAAUUCGUCGUCUCGAUGAACAAAUCAGACAACUCAAUGCCGAGUUGGAAAGACUCGAACGAGAACUUGAAGAGUUGCGUGAUGUAUAUGUAAGUUUAGAACAGCAACAACGUCAACAGCAAUUGCAACAUGAUCGUCUUCAAGACAAACUAUAUCAAGAACUAGAAAAUCGACAUAAACUGCAAAAACAACUCACAAAACUUCAAGAGCAAAAAUAUGAUCUUGAAGAACAACGUAUUCAAUUGGAGCAACGUCGUCAAAAACUUGAACAAGAAAUACAACGAAUAGAAGCACAGAUUACUCAACUCGAACAGCAACUACAGGAGCUACAAAAUCGUAUUGAACUGCUGAAUGAAGAAAUACGACAAUUAGAAGUAGAAAUCGAUCGUCUCGAAGAUGAAAUCAAAGAUUUACAAAAUCAAAUUGCGACAAUUGAACAACUCGAAGAACGUAUUCGUAUCAAUGAAAUGAAACGAGAUGCAAACGAAGCUGAACAAAAGAAGAUCGAAGAUUUGAAACGACGUAUAGCACACUUAAUUAAUCUGAAGAAAAUUCAUAUUGUAGAACUGAAACAAGAACAGGCAAAAUUGGAAGCAGAGAAACGCGAAGCAUUAGCGACAACUAAUCGUGCUAAAGUAGAGUUACAAGCUGCUCAAAACAAAAUGAAUGAAGGACAAAAUAUAGUUAAUCGACUUCAACAAGAACUAAGUGCACUUCAAGAGAUCAUACGAAAAGUGGAAAAAGAAUUUCAACAUCUUAAUGGGAAAAGAAAUGAGUUGCAAGGACAAUUACAAACUCAAACCAGUCAACGUGCUGAUCUCGAUAAGAAACGACUAGAAACAAAUACAAAACUUAAUGUCAAACAGAAUGAAUUACAGAAAAAUGAAGAACAACAAGAUCAACUUCGACAAAGUGUCACUCAGAUAGUAGGUGAGUAUAAAACUUUACAAGAUACACUUCGUUCUUUCAUCGAUCAGCGUGAUAAAUGCACCGAGCAGCUUCAACGUGAACAUGAGAAACUCGAAGAAUUAAAACGAGAAAAAGAAAAACACCGACAAGCUGAAAAGGUUAUACAACGGCAAGCACCGCAAGUAAGAAAGGAUGAAGCAACCUUGCGACAAGCUGAAAGUAAAGAACAUGCUGCACGCACUGCCGAACUAGAUGCACAAGUUCAAUUAGAAACAGCACGAGCCGAUUUAAGUGUUGCUCAAACUGAACUAGAUUGUGCUCAAGCAGCUGCUACCACAACUACUGUAGCCGCAGCUCAGGCAAGAGUUGCUGACUGUCAAGCAGAAGCAACACAACGAACGACUUAUCACCAACUGAAAGUAAAUGAACAUACAGCAGCUCGCAUAAAUACUGCAAAAUGUCGUACCACUUUAGAACAAGCUCGUAUGAUACUUCAAGAGAAAAAAGAUGAACUUGAAUCUCAAAAGCAAAGAGUUAAUACUAUGAUGGUUGCAUUCGAUCAACAAAAAACAGUGGUAACAACGACUAAAAAUAAACUUGACAAGUUACAACAAGAUUGCACGCAAGCAGAACAAGAGAUGAAAGCCAAAAAAACAGCAGUCAGAAAUGGGAAAUCUCGCUUAGAGAAACAGGAGAAAAUCUAUGUAAAUUUGAUAGACGAAAUAAAUCAACUUGAUACAGCAGUUAAAGACUUAGUUCAACGUAUACAAAACCUAGAUCAACAAAUAAAACAGCCUCAAGAUACGUUAAAACAAACUGAGGCUCAAUUGACCAAUCAACACACAGAACUCGGACGUCAGAAAACUCAAGAAACAGCGAAAACGCAAGAACGCGAUACAAAUAUUGGUGAAGUAAACAAACAAGCGACGAUUGUGCGAGAAAAACAGAAUGAAGUGACACGAUUGGAAAAUCACUUACAGAAUGUUCAAGCUAAUCUCGAUAUGUUGAACAAAUCAGUUCCAGAACUUGAAAGAGAGUUAGCUGAUCAAGAUCAAAAACUACAGGAAGCUCAAAAAGCAAUGCAAAAAUUUGAAGUUGAACAAAAACGUGAGAAGCAACAAGCAGAAGGAGAAAUUAAAAGACUUACUCGUGAUAUUGAAAGACAACGUGCAACGCUUGAUGAAAAGCAACGUGAAAAGGAUACUUUAGAAGCUGAAAUCAAUGGGAAAAAGUCUGAAUUAUCAUCAAAACAGGCACAAAAACUCACUCAUGAAGCGCAGUUGCAUACUGUUGAAAAUCAACUUAUUACCAAUAGGCAAGCAAUGAAAACAAUCGAAAACAAAAUGCAUGAUACAGAACGAAAGAAAGAAGAACAAGAUGCAUUGCAACAAGAAACGAAACAUCUUUAUGAUCAAGCAGAAGCACAGCUAAGUAAUAUACAGCGUGAACUCAAUCAAUUUACUCAGCAGCUCGAAGAUAAAACAAACAUUUAUGAUAAAAAAAAGAAAUAG